AUGAGUCCAUUGUCUCCACGAUGUUCUUAUAUUCCAAAAGAAAAAUCUCCACAUUCAAUAUCUAGUCUUGAUGCAAAUGAAGUAGAUGAAGUUCGAAAGAAGUUAGAUCAUCUUCAAUCAUUACUAAUACAAGUUAAAAAUCAACUCAAAUGUUCACCCAUCGACGAAGAUGAUGAUGAUAAUAUGAUUGAUGAAAGAAUCUUUCCAAAUACUUCAACUGAAUUGAGUCUUUUACAGACCACUGCAAAGAAUACUGAAGAAAAUGGAGAAAAGAUUGAUGAUUCAUGUGAAAAUUUGCCCAAUUAUGCUACAUUUUCUGUGAAAAAAUCACAUGAACAUGCUGUGAGAAAUUGGUUACUAUCAAAUUUUAUUCAUAUUUAA